AUGCCAACAGUUGCUGUCAAUACCGUUCUACAGGAAACGCGAAUUCUAGCUGGCGAUGAUCUUUAUGCAAGGAUUCUGUUGGAUUCUUCUGAUCCAGAUAUGCAGGUGAACGAAUUUUUCGCAGAGGUGGAAGGAACAGGACGCACUGGAUGGGUUAACAUACAUACCGAUAAAAUCUAUGAAAGAGAAAAGACUUAUCUAAAAGCCUACAUUCCACUGAUGGCGGCUGGCUCUAUUGUACCUGUGGGAAGGCGUCAAUUUCCGAUACGUAUUCCUAUUCCGGAGGAUGCGCCAAGCAGCUACGAAAGCGAGUUCGGCAGCAUCCGUUAUACGAUCAAAGUGGUACUGAAGACGAACUCCGACCAGUCAACAUGCACGGAAAUAUUUCCGUUCGCAGUGACCGCACGAUCAUUCUUCGAUAACAUACCGGUGAACAUUAUGAGAAAUAUAGAAUACAAGGAUGAAAUUGACUUCACUUGCUGCACGCUGCCCUUUGGCACCGUAUCGCUCAAGAUUCAUGUUCCAAGGACAGCUUUUCGCUUGGGCGAGUAUAAAUAUGAUUCCCACGCAUGA